AUGCCUCUAUCAAUAUGUCAAAAGCUGGAGGUCGGAGAACUGAAACCCACAACAAUAUCACUGCAAUUGGCUGAUCGAUCUUUUAAAUAUCCUGUGGGCAUCCUAGGGAACAUCCCUAUCAAGGUGGGCAAGUUCUUCAUUUCAGUUGACUUUGUUGUCUUAGAGAUGGAAGAGGAUGUCCAAAUCCCUAUCAUCUUAGGAAAACCAUUCUUGGCAACUGCCAGAGCUGUCAUAGAUGUUAAGAAUGGGUGGUUAACUCUCAAAGUGGGAGAUGAAGAGGUGGAAUUCAACCUGUUCAGCAUGACGAAGCACAAACUUGAACCCGAUCAAUGCUUUAAGGUUGAUAUAGUUGACAAGCAAGUUGAAGAGGAAUUUCAUAAAGCACAUCCUGAAGAUGCUCUUGAAGCAUACAUAGUGCACAGCCACACAACUGAUAAUGAAAACACAGAAAUUACAGCUUGUGCACAAUUUUUAGCAACUAAUCCACCCCUACCCUUGGCUUAA